AUGGGGUUCGCUCUCCCUUGUUUCCCGUAUCCUUCAGCCAAACCCCACGAGGGGUAUUGGGCUCCGGUCACUUCGACUUUGAAUUGGUGUGAAGGCAAGUCGCAUAGUGGGGGUUUUGGCAGAUUCAACUCUCUAAUAUCUUCCUAGAGGAUUACUAUGCCACGGUAUACUCUGCCGAAAUAGUCAACACUCUCACGAAUCUCCUCUUUAUUGGCCUGGGCAUCAAGGGCAUUCGAAAUUGCCUUCAAUAUGAACAUGACAGCGUUUUUCUGGUGGCAUUCGUUGGCUGUAAGGAUAUCGCAAUCCGAUCGAUAUUAUAAAAACCGAUGCUGAGAGAUUUCAGAUUUGCUUGUCGGGAGUGGUAGUUUUGCUUUCCAUAGCACCUUAAAAUGUGGGUUCAUGGUUCUUUCGCCAACCAACAACUUGAUCACAUUGCUGACUUUAUAGACCCAAUGCAGCUCGUGGAUGAGCUCUCCAUGAUCUAUACUGCCUGCCUCAUGUGCUACGCAACCUUUUCCUUCUCUCGUUCCGUCAUCGUUCGUCGAGUUCUGGGAACAAGCUUGCUAUCGCUUGCCGUAUUUAUCACCGUGCGUUGCCACUCUAAAUAAGUCGAAGUUGUGAACGAUUCUCUAACUUGGUGUGGAAAUAGUUGUAUUAUCAUUACCUCCAAGAUCCGAUUUUCCACCAAAAUGCAUUUGCGCUCAUCACAGCAGUCGUGUUAUUCCGUUCCAUGUACGUUAUGGAAGUCAAUCUGCGGCCAUCCCUCCGAGCGAAACAUGCGACCGCUGUGAGGAAAACAGACCCCGGCAUGUCGAAAUCAGAGAGAUUGGCGAACGAAUACAGGGAUAGAGCAAUUCUUAAGGAAAUGUGGUUGAUGGUCGGUAUUGGACUUAGUAUAUUCUUAGGCGGAUUCGGACUGUGGGGGUUGGAUAUCAAGUACUGCUCCACGAUACGUGUUUGGAGACAUAAAAUUGGAUUGCCGUGGGGAAUUCUUUUAGAGGGACAUGGAUGGUGGUAAGCAUGAUUUUUGUUGGCUAUAUUAGUAUAACAAAUAUGCUAACAACAUGCAGGCAUUUAAUGACGGGUAUCGGAUCGUACUUUUACCUCGUCUGGGGCGUUUGGCUUCGUCAUUGCCUUAACGGCAGACAAGACGAGUUUAUGCUUAGCUGGCCUAGCUAUUUCUCGAUUCCAGAAGUCCUCCCACGCACAGAAUCCGCUAAAAUCAACGGCCAUGGCAAUGAAUGGUCGAAAUCCCAGAACGGUCAUGCGAACCAUGAAAGGAAGUCUGUGUAGUGGGAUGGAGCGUCAUGAGUUGAGUUUGAUU